GCUGGGCUCGCCGCGCCGCCGGAAGCGGCGCCGAGGAUCAAUGGCGGCGCUGGUGCGGGUCGCGAGCUGCCUGACUGGAGUAACUCGAUGGGUAGCAGCAUGCAGUGUGUUAUUACAGACAGUCACAGCCCAAGGCCAGCAUAGACAGAUGGUCUAUGGUAUUUUCCAGAGGCGCAAGGCUGGCCAGUUACGACUGUCUAAAACCUGUGGUGGAUUGAUUCAAGCCAAUGGAGCCGUUACACAGCAAACCAGAUCAUUUCACAGUACAAAUAAGCAUCUUUCUGCAAAAGACUCCUUGCAGCCAUCUGAAGAGAAAGUGGGUGCUUUCACAAGGAUAAUAGAAGCAAUGGGUUUCACAGGACCACUGAAGUAUAGCAGAUGGAAAAUUAAGGUAGCGGCUUUGCGCAUGUACACAUGCUGUGUGGAGAAAACUGACUACGAGGAAUUUUUUAACAGAUGCCAAAUGCCUGAUACUUUGAAUUCAUGGUUUCUAGUAGCCCAGCUUCAUGUCUGGAUGUGUCUGGUACGCAUGAAGCAGGAGGGUCGCACAGGAAAAUAUAUGUGUCGCUAUAUAGUUCACUGCAUGUGGGAGGAUGUUGAACAGCGUGGUAAGGUGAUGGGGAUCAAUUCAGUUGUUCUGAAGGAAGAUUUGAGAAGUAUGGUAGAAAAUUUCUAUGCAGCUCUAUUUGGAUAUGAUGAGGGAAUCUUGUCUGAUGAUCAUGUUCUGGCAGCAGCUCUUUGGAGAAACCUUUUUAACAGGAGCUGUGACGACCCUCGGCACCUGGAGUUACUUGUAGAAUAUGUGCGCAAACAGGUGCAGCACCUGGACGCGCUGAACGGGGAGGACCUGCUGCUGACGGGUGAGGUGAGCUGGCGGCCAUUGGUGGAGAGCAACGCCCACAGCAUCCUCAAGCCCCUUUCCCCUGUUUACAAUGACGAAGGACUCUGAGAGCACCGGUGCCUGACACUUCUAUCAAUUUGUCAGAUGAGCUUGGGAAGCAUGCCUGAAAUUGAACUGGGCUGAAGCUGUGGGGUCAGGAAGGAAAAUCUGCUGUUGAAAAGAAAAUAUUUUGUUAGAUAACCUAUACGUGGUGACACGGUUGCAAAUUGGACAGCCAUACGCUUCUGAAUACUCACCCACAAAUAAAUGCUAGUUUGAGA